GUGACAACUGUCAGCUGUUGAGUGUUGACAAUUCUGAAAGAUUUAUCGACAGGCGACAGCACAUGUGUUUAGUAUUUCUUGUUCCAGAAAAAUAUUAUUACUUUUGAAAAUUUGAAAAAAAAAAUAUGGUUGUGUUUACUUGUGGUCAUUGCGGAGAAUCUGUUCAAAAACCGAAAGUUGAGAAACAUUAUUUGACGAAAUGCAGAAACAAGAAUCCUAACUUAUCGUGCAUGGACUGUUUUAAGGAUUUCCUGGGAAAUGAUUAUGAGUCUCACACAAAGUGUAUAACUGAAGAGGAGCGUUAUUCAGGAAAAGGAUUUCAGGCCAAAGAAAAGAAAGGCGAGAAGAAGCAAAAUGCUUGGGUGGAAAUGUUGCAGGCUGUGCUCGAUGAACAAAAGGAUGCAUCCAAAAAUGUUUUGCGCAUAAUUGAGACUAUUAGUAAACAUAACAAUACACCAAGGAAGAAGCCUAAAUUCAUCAACUUUGUUAAAAAUGUUUGUGGACAUAAAACAAACCCAAAAGACAUAGAUGCAGCUUGGGACCUCAUUUCUGUGAAAUUAGGAGAACUAUCCAAAUUGAACUCGCAAAAUCAGAACCAAAAUAAAAAAGAGAAUGAACCCAAAACAAAUGGAACAGAUGAAUCUUCAGAAACAAGUGCCAAAAUAGAGAAUGGUCAUGAUGAAAUUAAAAAUGAUGAAAAUGAUGAUAAUGCUAAUACAGAAAAUGGAAAGGCUGAUGAAGGUGAAGAAAAUAAUGCAGAAGAAAUAAAUGGAGAUGCAAAAGAACCUGUGAAAUUGUCUAAGAAACAAAGAAAAGAAGAGAAAAAGCGACAAAAAUAUGAAGCAGAGCUUCUAAGUGCUGAAGCACCAGCUGCAGAUGAUGCAGAAGAAGAUGGCGAAACAAAGAAGAAAGGCAAGAAGAACAAAAAUAAAGCUGAAAAGGUUAAUGAUGAAAAUGUACCCCUCGAUGGUAAAAAUAAGAUCAAAAAACGUAAGAGACAAGAUACAGUGACAAAUCCAGAAGUUGUUGAUAAUGGAGUAGUCGCUAAAGAGAGUAAGAAAAAACUAAAGACUGAAGAAGAGGCUGAAGAAAGUAUUUGUCUUCAUGACCAGAAUGUUGCUAGAAGUGAGGAGACAGAAGAAAAGAAGAAUGGUAAAUUCGAUUGGCAUGAAGUUAUCAUAUCUGUUCUACAGAAGAAGGGCAAUGAGCUUCCAUUCAAAAGGCUACAGAAGAAGGUCCUGGGGGAAUAUUCUGAAUACACUGGUGAUGAGGUAGAUGACAGAAUUGCUGAUAAGUUUAUAAAGAAAUUGAAGAGUGCUCCAAAUGUGAGGGUCGAUAAAAACAGGGUUACGCUUAUUGAAGAGUAAAAGGGAAUUUUAAUAAAUAAUUUUCUUUCCACAUAUAAGCAGCCCACUGCCAUAGAGGGAGUUAUUAUUUUAUUAUUUGUCUAUUGACCACCCAGACAUGCAAUACUGAUGUAGGAGAACCAAACAUAAUUAUAAUGUACUUAUACAGUUCUACUGAACACAUUUUGUAACUGAUUUGAUAUUUCCUACAUAGAGUUAUGUACAUUUUUUGCAACUGUAUCCUGUUUAAUAAAUGUUGCAAUCUUUAAAUAUAAAAUAAAUGAUGAUAUAAUUACA